AUGGCCACAUACCUCAUUACCGGCUCCUCACGCGGGCUCGGACUAGCCCUAGUAUCUCGCCUGGCCUCACUUCCAUCCUCUGUUGUCGGUGCUGUUAUUGCCACAUCCCGCCAGGACAAUUCGUCGCGUCUCCGGGACUUGGUUAACGGCUCUUCUGGCCGGGUCGGAUUCGUACCUAUGGAUGUGACAGAUACCAAAAGCCUACAGGAAGCGGUUGUAAAUGUCAAAGAUUAUCUUUCUGGAAGAGGACUGGAUGUUUUGAUUAACAAUGCGGGCGUGAUGCCGGUUACUAAGGGUGGAUUGGAAGCGAUGGACAACCUAAACGAUACAUUCAAUACGAAUGUUACUGGUGCCCAUCAAGUAACCACGGCAUUUCUCCCUCUUUUGCGACAGGGAGACAGGAAGGUCGUUGCCAAUAUAUCAACGACUCUGGGAUCCAUGAGCAAGUCGUCAACCUUCGAAUCCAUGCCCGUCCCAGCAUACAAAAUCACCAAAGCAGCAUUGAACAUGUUGACGGUGCAAUACGCCCAGGCCUACGCCCAAGAAGGGUUCACCUUUCUAUCCCUAAGCCCGGGCUGGCUUCAAACGGACCUGGGUGGUUCUCGCGCGGACCUUCCCCCGGAAAUAGGCGCGGAGGCGGUUGUUGAUAUGGUGCGGAAUGCCACGACAGAGCAGAAUGGGAAGUUUCUGAAUAUCCGUGUGCCUGGUUGGGAGGAGAAUCCAGGGUUUAAUCAGUAUGAUGGGAAGGAGGUGCCGUGGUAG